AUGGAUGACUACGUCAAUCACUUGCUCUCAUAUGUCCCGCGAGAGAAGAUAAAAACGUUUACUUAUGGCCAUGUCAUACCAAAGGACAACCUGAUGGCUAUCCCGAUUGACAGAGGGAUGGACGGAACAGAAUUCAACUUUACUUUUGAUCAGCGCAGGUCUGAGAAGAUGAUCAUUAGCCUGGGCCGGACAAUAGCCAGAUACUGUUCCGUCAUCCCUGACGGCGUCGUGGUCUUCUUCCCCAGCUACGACUACUUAGCAACUGUGCUGAAAGUAUGGGCCUCUAGCUCUGGAAUCCUCAACAGCCUCUCCCGUCUUAAGCCCAUCUUUCAUGAGCCCCAGUCGACAGGUACUACCAAGGACAGCGCCAACGCUAACACCAACACUGACUCUCUCCUCUCCCAAUACUCCGCUUUCGUCGACGCAGGGAAAGGCGGCCUCCUGCUCUCCGUGAUGGGAGGGAAACUAUCAGAGGGCAUCAACUUCUCAGAUGCCCUGGGUCGUGGCGUCAUCGUGGUCGGCCUUCCCUUCCCCAACACCCGCAACGUCAUCUGGCAGGCUAAGCUGCAGCAUGUCGAAAAGAAGGCAUAUGAACUUGCUGACUCCAGCCGGUCAGAGGAUGAGCGACGAGCUUGUGGCAAGGCAGCAAGUAGAGCGUACUAUGAAAACACAUGUAUGCGUACAGUGAAUCAGUGUAUUGGACGUGCCAUACGACAUAAGGGGGACUAUGCCGCUAUUUUGAUGAUAGACAGGAGGUAUCAGACGGAGAGGAUUCAGGGGAAACUGCCUCGUUGGAUCAGGGGUAGCCUUCUCAAGAGUCACCAGGGCGAUGUCCACGGCCAACUCCAGCACUUCUUCCAGUCAAAGCCAUAG